UCCCACCACCCAGCGCCGCUCACGUCGAGCGCCCCGUCGAAAAAAUUCCGUUUUAAUUUUUUUAAAAAAAAAUCCGUUUCCCGUCACCCACCCCACCCCGGGUUUCACUCUAUUUCUUUUGCUCCGAAAAAAAAAUCCUGCACCCACUGCCGUGUGGGCCCGCGCAGCGGACAUUUCGCAUCUUUCAAACGGCACGUUUAUAUUCAUUGAUUAUUCGUAGAUCCUUCAUUCGUGCGUGGAUGGGACUCUUUCUCCCUUCUUCUCCAAUAACAAGUCUUCCCUUCCCCACCACGUCGAGGCUCCUCCACGCACGCGCGCCUCCGGUCCGAUCCCGAUGGUGACGGCGGUGGUGGAGUCCCCGCUGCGGCAGCGCCAGCGGCAGAGGCUCCGAUCGCCGCUGGCCGGCGCCGCCGGCAGCACUGGCGGCGGCGGGGACUUGGUGGAGUUCGCGCACCGGCGCCCCGCGAAGCGCGCCUCCGGGUCCGGCGGCGGGAUGCGGGGCCGGUGGGCGCCGCCGGAGAUCGAGAUCCCCACCAACGCCCUGGACGCCACCGGUGGCGGCGGGCAUGGGUACACCAGCCUCCGCGACAUCAUGUCGUCGCCCGAAUACGCCGCCGCGGCCGCCAAGGCGCACUCCCCCGACGAGGCACCCGCCGGCGGCGCCGUGGUGGCAGGGGACGUGCACAUGAUCCGGCACCCGCUGGUGAAGCACGCGGCGUACACGUACCUCCAGCUGACGCCGUCCGCGCGGGAGGAGGCACGGAGACGGAUGCUGCUGCAGCGGAGGCGCGGCAUGGUCUGCCGCCUCUUCCUCGGCUGCCUCGGCUUCCUCGGCGCGCUCUUCGGGCGGCCGUGACCUCGCGGACGCACACGGCCACAGUUUUGGUCUAGCAUUUGUUUUCUCUCUCUUUUUUUUUUUUUUAAAAAAAGUUGUCUUCUUUUCCUGAUGUAACUCUGCUCAUUCAUCUUUUUUUUUGUUUUAUUUGUAAAUAUUUCAGUAUGGAUUACAAACAAGGCAGAGAUAUACUGAUAAGAACAGAAACUAAUCGCUGAUUGUUCUGGAUUCUCUCAUCA